AUGCCUUUUAACAGCCUAAUAGGGAUCCUGAAAACUCUGGACCUGAAUUUCAUCCAGGAGCUGGAGGUGUUUGACUGGUUCCGGGCACUCUCAGAGCAGAGCCUGUUUGCCACUCAGCUGGGAAGGAUGUGCAACCUGCAGAGCCUCAAGCUGGCCUACUACCACUGGGCCUUCUCCCCCGAUGAUAAGCAGUCUUCCAGCUACUUCCUCUCCCAGCUCAGCAAGUUGGUCCACCUCCAGAAGCUCCACCUAUCCUACUCCUACCUCUCAGGCAAUCUACAUCAAGUGCUCAGCUGCCUGCAGUCGCCCCUGCAGACCCUGGAGGUCCACUCCUGUACACUUGUGGACAUAGACAUCACCUACCUGUCCCAGAGCCCUCAUGCCACUUGCCUGAAGAAGCUGGAUCUGAGUGGCAACAACCUAUCCCAUGUGGUCCCUGGGCCCUUUGAGACCCUCUUGGAGGAGGUCUCAGGGACACUGAAGCACCUAGACCUAAACCACUGCCGGCUGAAGGAUGCCCAUCUCAGUGCCAUCCUGCCAGCACUGUGCCACUGCUCCCACCUCAGCUCACUAGGCCUCUCCGACAAUCCUGUCUCUAGGGCUGGCCUGAUGACCCUGCUGAAACACACCACAGGAUUAAUGGAACUGAAGCGAGUCCUCUACCCAGUCCCUGUUGAGUGCUGUGUGUACCUACAAGGCCUCUCGUGGGGCCCUGUCAACAAAGGGAAGUUGUGCCAGGUGCAGGCUGAGCUACAGAAGGUGCUGCAGGCGGUCCGGCGGGCUGACAUGCAGUGGAGCCCCCCCUUGCCCUCUCCCUUGCCUGUGAGGCUGGUGCAGCUUGACUGA